GCCUAUUACAGUGUUCGUCUUGAAAAGGGGCAUUCUUCAAAUUAGGGUUUCUGAGAGCGAUAACCCGUCGAAAACAGCUCCAUCCUCAAAUUCCCAGGGUAUCAGCAUCACCAUGAGCAGGUCAGGACAGCCUCCGGAUCUCAAGAAGUACAUGGAUAAGAAGCUUCAGAUAAAACUAAAUGCCAACCGCAUGGUGGUGGGAACCCUCCGCGGCUUUGACCAGUUUAUGAACCUUGUGGUGGACAACACUGUCGAAGUGAAUGGAAAUGAGAGAACUGAUAUUGGGAUGGUGGUCAUUCGUGGGAACAGCGUCGUCACUGUUGAAGCUCUUGAGCCAGUUAGUAGAGCACAAUGAAUGUAUGUAUGUAUAUAUCUUUUGCGAUGCUAUUAUGUUUUUAAUUUCUUGAUGCCUAAUAUUUGUUGUGGACUUUUUUUUUGGGAUAUAUGUUGCUCGGUUAUGCAUUACAGGUAUGUUCUUUUAUCAAAUUUUUUCAAAUUUCUAUUAUUUAUCA